GCUUUGAGGGCAAUCUCCCUGUGUCUUUCUAAGCAGAAUAAAGAAAUAUUGCUUCAAUCUUUACCAUAGUGAAUUCCAUUUGGUUUCAACGCACAGUCUUAAAGGACCCAGUGUGGGCUGGUACAUCCUUCUCCAGGGGUGUCAAGUGCAUUUAGAAAGAAAAUGGCCACAAUUGCAGCAUUUUUUUUAUUCAGUACUCUUCUUCAAUCACUUUUUGCAUCAGUGCCUCCUCCCUGUGUCUUUCCAUUUAUUUACAAUGGAAAAUCCUACAGAUCUUGUACUGAAGAUGCAAGCCAGAACCGCCCAUGGUGUGCCACAGUUGCAAACUAUGAUCAGUAUAAAAAAUGGAAGUAUUGUGCCACUAAAGAAUAUGGUGGUAAUUCUGGUGGAAAACAAUGUACAUUCCCCUUUACAUACAAGAAACGAACGUAUUAUGCUUGCACAAAUGAAGAUGCAGAAAUAGGAAGAUUCUGGUGCGCAACAACUGGGAGUUAUGAUAAGGAGAAACAAUGGAGCUACUGUGCUGAUACUAGACUAGCUGCAAAUUCACAGGGGCCUUGUGUGUUUCCUUUUAUCUACAAGGGGCAACCCUACUACGCUUGCACAAAAGCUGGGUCUUCUGAUGGAAAGCUCUGGUGCUCUUUGAGCAGCAACUAUGAUAGAGAACCAAAAUGGACUUACUGUACACCCUCAGAAUUAGGUCCUUGCAAAUUUCCCUUCCGAUUCAACAACAAAUACUACUAUCGUUGUACAAGAGAAGGUGCAUCUGAUAGCCUAUUGUGGUGUGCCAUAACUGCAAACUAUGACAAGGACAGUAAAUGGAGGGCAUGUGCCACUGAAGAAUAUGAAGGCAAUUCUAAAGGCAAGCGCUGUGUCUUUCCAUUCAUCUACAAUGGGAAAAGAUUCAAUUCUUGCACCAAUCAAAAUUCACAGGAUGGAAGAUUUUGGUGUUCUGUCACAAGUAACUAUGACAAAGACCGGCAAUGGAGCUACUGUGCUGAUACAAGACUGUAGACCAGGAAGGCCUGUUGGACAAUAUGUGUGAUUCCUCAGAUUACCAAAAUCAAGAAAAUACUGGAUGUUUGUGAUUCCCGGGAAGAUAAUUUUUGAACGGAAAUUAUAGUUAUAUGCCAUUUAUCACUUUACCUUUGCAAACUUAUUACUGCAGAAAAAAUAUGUCUAGAUUUUCUAGAAGCUAUCACACUUUGCAUUACUUUACUGUGACCUGUCUUUAUUCAAAAUUGUGCAUGAAAGAAUCACCUAAGAAAUUAUUUUAUUGCCAGAUGUGGCCAGUUCCUAGACUCCACUUACUUGCUGUCCCACUUUUUAGUAGCUUCCAGAGCACCUUUAUUUGUGCCACCAGAAUUUAUAAGGAAUCAAUUAAUUUCCAUCAUUUUAAGUCUAUUUUAAAUUCUUAUCUUUAGAAUAUUGUAGGCUUAAAGGAUAAUUUUUAAUUGAAUUUCCUUGUAAUGUUUAAUAUUUAAAACCUGAUAAAAUAUAUUUCUUAUGUUACUUUGUUCAUUAUGGCAUUCAAUACUUUAAGGUAUAGCAGAAAAGGAAGCAUACUUCCACUGGCAUUUGCCCACUCUUAUAGAAGAAAUAUGUAUGAUUGUGACAUCUUCUUGCUUUGCUGAAUGGCUCCUGAUCGUUUCUAAAUGUCUGAUUCUUCAUAAUAAAUAUUUUUAG